CGGAAGUUCCGAAUCCCGGUACUGGAAGGUGCAGCAAGUGCUUCCUGGAUCCCGCGGAGGUCACGAGUAAUGUGACAGCGACUUGACAGGCGGCUUCAGAGAGGCGACCGAACUGCGGGAACACCGGGGCAGGUCUUCCCAGGCUGGAGCGCGCGUGCGUCUGCAGAGGAGUGGAGAUCGAUUCUGCGAGGAAAAGGGGUUCAUCAUGGCGGAUGAUCUAAAGCGAUUCCUGUACAAAAAGUUGCCAAGUGUUGAAGGGCUCCAUGCAAUUGUUGUAUCAGAUAGAGACGGGGUGCCGGUUAUUAAAGUGGCUAACGACAGUGCCCCAGAGCACGCCCUGAGACCUGGCUUCCUAUCCACAUUUGCCCUCGCAACAGACCAAGGCAGCAAACUCGGACUUUCAAAAAACAAAAGCAUCAUCUGCUACUAUAAUACCUACCAGGUGGUUCAAUUCAAUCGUUUGCCUCUGGUGGUGAGUUUCAUAGCCAGCAGCAAUGCCAACACAGGACUAAUUGUCAGCCUAGAAAAGGAGCUAGCUCCGUUAUUUGAAGAACUGAUAAAAGUUGUGGAAGUGUCUUAAUCCAGCAGUGGUUCUGACGCACACCUUGGCCUCACUGCAGCAACCCUGGACCAGGCCAGCAACCUUCAGACCACAAUAGUACUUGUAUCUAUGUAUUCAGAAGGCCGCUUUUCCACAUUACCCUAAAGAAGAGCCUAUCGCUAUAAUUUAUAGACAGAUCAAUUGUUAUAUUUAUGUGUAUAAAAUCUUUUCUUACUUAGUGAGAUCUGAGAACACCACAAAAAUGGUUCAUUCGAUUGCAGCUCCCAUGGAGUUAGUGCAGGCACCUGAAAGUGAGUGGUAUCUGUCCAGAGCAGAGGGUCAGACCGGGGCCGUGAGGCCCUUGAGCCAGCAGGCACAGCUGCUGAACUCUGCUCCACUCCAUAAGCCGCAGACCCUUUUACUGAGGAUAAUAAUGAGGUCAUAUUUUUCUUCAGAUUCUAUUUUAUUUCUUCGCAUUGUGAGGAAGAUGAAAUGGCUUAGUAAAAAUAAUUAAGUACAAUCACUAACGUCCCUCUCUCUGUGUUCCGGGUAAGGAUGAGUGUUGCUAAUGGAUUGGAUUCUUCAGGGUGCUGCUGUUCAGUGAGAGCAGAAUCGAUGCUUACGAUGUCUCCUCUGCAUUGUAACCGUGCUUCCACCAUCGUGUUCUUUGUACAACUGAAAUGCAUGUUACUGAAUUCUGUUUCCUUAUCAGGAUGUAUAUAAAAUGACAGGAUGGCCAUUUUUUAUACAUGUGUAUAAAUAAAAUAGUAUUUUUAAAGGUAC